GCACCAAAAGGGGUUGUUGGGGAUUUGAGUGACAAAGGAAGAGAGAGUGACAUUCCCGCGCAAGAAGAAGAAGGAGAGUGGCAAUGGCUUCUCCUUCAACUUGUCAAACUCAAAGGGUUGAAGAGAAGAAGGAACCCAAAAGCAGCAAUUCAUCGAAAUCUUGUUUUCAGCCAACAGUCAGUUUGAAAGAUUGGUGGCUUAUUAGGGCUGAAAGAGAUUCUCAAGGAAGAACCCUUGCCGUUGCUGGGCGCACUUCUCGAGAGGGUCAAGCUCUGCGAGGAUUCACUUCUGCACCAAUUCAUAAGAUAUAUGAUGUUUUUAAUCUAGAGACCAUUGAUGGGAUAUGUGUUGUCCUCAAAGGCUUCAUAAAUAGAAGUCGUUCAGAGGAAAAUGGUUUUCCAUCUGAGGUGAUUGAACAGUUUCUUUUUGGUUUUCCUCCUCAAUGGGAGACGUUCAAUGAGAAAUUCUUAGGAAGAGAUUCUAAAGGUAAGGCUUCUGCAAGCUAUGCCCUUGGUUUUGAAAAACCAUCCGGGUGCUCAGAAAAGGUUAAAGAUCUAAAGAACUUAGAUCAAAAUGAUUAUGUAGAGACUACCGGUGAAACAAUUCAGGAUCAUAAUGGGAGAAAAGAUUNUGAAGUGGAAGACAAUUUGAUGAGGGACAAUCAGAAUGAUGGAGAAGUUGCAAGUGAAGUUAUUGUACAAAAGAAGACAAAAACAGCAAUGAGGUCACUGGACAUGCUUAAUUCUACAAACAGUUCUUCAAGCAUUGCAAAGGAGCAAACUGCAGAUGUUAAUCGAACAACUCACUUUAAAAGUUCAAGCACGGAAAAUGCAAAAAGAAAAUUGUCAUAUGGAAGUCCUCAGCAAGGGAAAGAGGCAGUUCGAAUUGUCUCUCCUGAACCUUUGAGUUUUAACAGAUCUAGAUCAGGGAGAGUGCUACUUCCUCCAAUGGCAUUUUGGCGCAAUCAAAGAGCAGUUUAUGAUGCGGAUCAGAGUGUUACAGAAGUUAAACAAGGCGACCCGAAUCUGGAUUAUCUAUCUAGAGUGUGUAGAUCUGAACCAUCAAAAAAGAGACGGCAACGCAGAUGAAAGUUAAAGCUCCUAUCGUCUAGUGGAAAUGUAAAGGAACUUGAAGGGGAGGCAUAAGCAACAGUGGCACAUUUGUACAAAAAUGUGUAAAGGCUCUACAGUUUACUAAUGCCAUUUUUGGAUGCAUGUUUACUAGACAGAUAUAUCUUUUUGUUUCUUAGAACAGCUUGCAAGCUAUGAUGUUUAACUCAUUUAUGCAGCUAGUUAUGUUAAUAUAUAGGUUCACUUAGACUGUAUCUUGGUAUAUCUGAAAGCAAAAAACUUUUCAAAACACAUCAUGGUGUAUUGUGUAUCAGAAAUAGUUUCUCCGUCUUCACAAAGUAGGGGUAAACUCACUCUACUUUUCAAAUGCAUCAUGGUAUAUGAUGUAUGGUGUAUCAGAAAUAGUUUCUCUGUCUUCACGAA